GAGGGAAGACGUAAUGGUUUGAUUCCCUGUGCACUUGCCAUGGUCGUCGUCCUGACAUUACUCGGCAAAUUCCUCGAACGGGAGGUGCAAUGAAGACGGGCGGCGGGAUUCACUUUCCACGGCGUGAGUGACAUUUCCAGAGAAAAACAGGAUUCAGCCGACAGAGAGAGGAAAUGAAAUGUGAGAGAGAGACAGCUCCUGAUGGAAAUAUGGCCGGGGCAUCGUCCAUGUGGGCGUCAUGCUGCGGGCUGCUGAACGAGGUGAUGGGCACUGGCACGGUGCGGGCACAGCAGCCCGGGUUCGGAGCAGGGGCCGGGCCCUUCCGCUUCGCCCCCAGUGCUGGAUACUCCACCUACCCGCCCACCAGCUCAGGGAGCGCUGGACAGCUGUGCAAGGCCUGUGGACUGGCCUUCUCCGUCUUCAGACGCAAGCACAUCUGCUGCGACUGUAAGAAGAGUUUCUGCGCCCUGUGCUCGGUGCUGCAGGAGAACCUGCGCUGCUGCACAACCUGCCACCUUCUGCGCGGCACGGCCUUCCAGAGGCCUCGGCUCAUGCAGCUCCGAGUGAAGGACUUGCGCCAGUACCUGCUGCUGCGCAACAUCCCCACAGACAUGUGUCGGGAGAAAGAGGACCUGGUGGACCUGGUGCUGUGUCAUCAGGGGUCGAGGGAGCCCCAGAGUGCGGUGCUAGAGGAGGACGAGGAGGAAGAGGAAGAAGAGGAAGAGGAGGAGGAGGAAGAAGAGGAGGAGGACACACAUGAGGAGGAGGAGGAAGAUGAAGGGGGAGAUGACACAGACAGUCUGCACUCACUCCCCCACUCGCACGCCGCCUCGCCCCGCUCUGCCACACGCUCCACCUCUGAACAGUCAGUCCUCUCCGCCUCUCAGGGAGACGUGCUCAGCCCAAGUGACAGCUCAGGGACCACCAGCCAGGAGCAUGAGGAUACUCCAACAGCGUCCCUCUUGAACCUGGAGCCCACUGAAAAUAUCAUGGAGGUCAGUCCGGCCACACAGAGGAGGAUCAGGGCUUCACUGUCUGAUCUGGACAACGAGGAGGCGAUAGAGAACCUCUCCGUCCGCCAGCUGAAAGAGAUUCUCGCCAGGAACUUUGUCAAUUACUCGGGCUGCUGCGAGAAGUGGGAGCUGCUGGAGCGAGUGCAUCGACUCUACAGAGAAAACGAGCAGAACAGGAAAUCCAUGGAAAAUGUGAGCAUAACUGCAGUGGUUGCAUAUCCUCCACCUCUCUGCAACAGUGGAGUUGGAGAUGGUGUCAAAGCUCAGCUGGCGGCCGAUGAAAACCUGUGUCGCAUCUGCAUGGACGCCAUCAUCGACUGUGUGCUGCUGGAGUGCGGCCACAUGGUCACCUGCACCAAAUGCGGGAAGAGGAUGAGCGAGUGCCCCAUAUGCAGGCAGUACGUAGUGCGGGCCGUGCACGUCUUCAAGUCUUAGAGACUCUCGAGCGUGUGCGCGUCGGAGCGGCCCCCCUCAGGCGCGCACACGUGGCCCGAGCUCUGUCUACACCACUGAGGAAGAAGUGCUGUGCGUGACGUCUCACACGAGGCCUAAUGCUGCAGCAGGCACGAGCAACUCCCCGGAAACCAGACUGUUGCCUCUGGCCUACCACGGUCUGGUUCCCCCUCCUCCCCUCUUUACUAACUCAUGCUCCAGUCCCACUGCUCCUCCCUGGUGGACCGUCAUCAGCUGCACCGGGACACACACACUCCCUCUCUCUUGGGUUUGAUAAACACACAGCAGACCCCCCCCCCCAUCACUUUCUACUCUCUUUUUAGAUCCUACUCGCAGGAGAGGAGGAGAGGAUGGCAGUCCCGUGGUGACUUGAAGCAGAAUCAGUUUGUUCUGACGCAGCGCGAUGAGAAAUGUAAGAUCCCAGGGUUAGAGUCGAUACGGUUUACACAGUCAUGCCACAUGACGCCGUGUGCUAUCUCCCUCAGUGUUCUUUAGGAUGUGCAAUAUCAGAGAAAAAAAUGAAAGAGACUUACUUACACAUGUCUUUAGUCAUCUCGUCUCACACGCAGAAGGCUGUGAGGUGCCAAACGUCAUGCCUUUGUCUGAUAUUUGGGUUAGGAUUUCACAUCAGUAGCGACAUGCAUCUCACAACCAGCAAAGUUGGUGUGAUAGUUUACUCCUGUUUUCUUUCUGUUUUCUCAAAUGAACUUUAGGAAAUAAAAGUAAAUGUGUGAACACCAUGUGUGAAUGUGCUCUGACAUUUCCCUCGACUAAAAAUCCGGUGCACAGACGCCACUCCUGCCGACAACAUGCUGCACGAUGUUCCUGUUCAGUGUGGAAGUUCCUUCUUGACCUUUGACCUUUGAGAAAGCAGAGCGAUGAGAAAGAAAAUCAUAACUUCAGACUCAUUUACAAACGGUCUGCAUCAGAAAGUUUCCAUGGUUGUCAUGGAGAUGUUUGAGUUGACAUCAUGUGACUUGGAGGUUAUAGCUGUGUCUCAAAUCAGGGGCUGCGUCCUUCGGAGGCUGCAUUGGAAGACUCGCGUCACAGCGGUGUCUCACUGGGAAGGCUCCUAAAAAUACGGCCAAACAUAUGCGUCCUUUCAUCCACCAACCAAAUGGUGGAUCCGUCUUGGGCCAAACUAUCCCAGAAUUCUCGACAACUGACAGGCUUCAACUCAACUGCACAUCUAAUGCCACACGUUGAAAAAAAACCAAGAAGCAUAAAAACUUUUUGGUGUCCAACUGCAGCGCUGUUGCUAGGAGACAGCAGUAAGAUGAUGGAGACGGACAUCCUCUGUAGACCAGACCGUCUCAUUUGCGGUCACUGCCUGGCGCAUGAAGGAGGUGGUCUUCGUAGACCACAUCCUGUGUAGGAUGCAGCCUUUGAAUUGGGACGCAGCUUAUAUGAUGCCAAGACAUUCUUAAAGACUUGUUCCAUUUUAAUGAAACUAGUAACUAGUUUGGUUUGGAAGCAGGGCCACGCCUCAAACAUACCUCUAAUCACCUGUCAACAUAUUUGUUUGUCUCAUAUUUUUCCUUUCCCUUUCCUUCAUCCAGUCAUCCUCUCUUCCCUCCCUCCCUCAUCCCUUCUUAUUCUGGUGCAUGCCUCUUGCAUGUCUCGUUCUUGGUACUGUCUGGGUGGGUGGGGGGG